GUUACAUGCACACAGCCAGGCAUGGCAGCAAUGGAUGGCUGCAUUUUCCCUUGCCUUGUCUUGGAAUGAAGGCCAGGCAACAUUUAAAGGGCUAAAGGAGAAUCAAGAGACCCUUGAUUUCCCUUUUCUUCUUGUUCUAGGGACAUGAAGGUAAAGUGAUCUUACACUGUUGCUGGUUUUGCUCUAUAGCCUGAGGUGCAUUUCUGUCAAGCUUCACGGGACUCCUGCACCUCCUGAUGCACAUCUGAAGGAUUUCGCUGCAUUUCCAAAGCUGCACCAGAGACCCAGCUGGGGAAAAAAAAUCAGCCAAACUCCCCCAGAGCAGCUGAAACCAGCACAGAUCUGGCAAGGUCUGUUUAUUUGUUCAUUUUGCGAGCUGUAAUGUUGCUUACUCUCCUCCCACUCCCUCUGGGGCAUCUUCCUUUGUUAAAACCCGCCACUGUUCCCUAUUGAAGCAGUUUAACCCCCCCGCUUCCCACCGUUUCACAUAUUCCUCAUUCAGCCAGCCCUGGGUGCUGUCCGUGUCCCUCCAGAUCUCCCUUAUUCCUGAAGGGAACAGCCCGGAGCAUCAGCUGCUCACCAGCACCUACCUUAUUUACUAUUUAAAUAACCCUGCAGAAAGAAAACCUUCUUUUCUUUUGCCCCCCUUCCCUGGUUUGAGCGUGCUAAUUGUUCAGACAUGCAACGCACACACACAGAGGCAUCAUGGUGAUAUGAUUGCAAAGCCCGGUAACGUCAGCAUCCCAGAGACCCUCCUCCGGCUCGGAUUAGAGAGAAGAGGCUCACCAGCACAAGCAGCAGGUACUGGAGGAGGCAGCGGAGCCACUCACCAGGGGACCCUGGGAGUGGGGGAGUAGCAGUGUCAGAAACUUCUUCAUUGUUUGUGAAAUCUCAGUCAAUGAAGAGCCUGAACUCCGACACCAAGGCAGGCACUAAUUAACAACUGCAAUACUUCUGCUCCUGCACAGAAAGCAAGUGCUGUGCCAGUGGAACAGCAGCCGUCCCUUGAGUCCUCCAAAGGCUGUGAACAGCCAGACAAGCACAAAGCUCCCCCUCUGCCUCCCUGUUCCUGCCAGCCCCAGAAGAACACUCUCAGCAGACAGCUGAACUGGAGCCACUCGACUUUCCCAGAAGAGAAAAGGCGAAGUUCACCAGAAUGUCCUCAGAAAGAAGAGUUCCUUGACUUACAUAGAGAGUUACAAUUCUCUUGUUUCCUUGGUUUGUGGAGCCUUAUGUGCCUUUCAAGCACUAUCCCCUCCCCCAUCACUUCAAAAUCUAACUUCCCCAACAUGGGGGGACAGGAGAAAUAAGUUAGGUGGUCCAUGUUGCCUCACAACCCACCUUUGAAAAUAACCUGUGUCUACAUGAGAUAGUGGCUGCUUCUCCAGGGGAAAGAAAAAAAUAAAAAAAAACAAAAUCAAACCACAAAAAAUCCCCUCAACAACGACAAAACCCCCACCCCUUCUUUCUUCCAGGCUAGCAAGGCUUUCAGUAACAUCUGAAGGUGGUCUGUGACCAACAGGCAUGGGAAACAGCUCUUUUUGGGAUGAUCUGAACAGCACCUGCAGCAAGGCAGGCAACAGCUGCUACCUGGACAACAGCAUGAGGUUCAACUUCUCCUUCCAAGAGCAGGCAGCUGAUUUCUAUGUUGUCCUCCCCGUGAUUUACUCCGUGAUCUGUGCUGUGGGGCUCACAGGCAACACUGCUGUCAUCUAUGUGAUCCUCAAGGCCCCCAAGAUGAAGACUGUGACAAACAUGUUCAUCCUGAACCUUGCUAUAGCCGACGACUUGUUCACGCUUGUCUUGCCCAUUAAUAUUGCGGAACAUCUACUCCGCUACUGGCCCUUCGGAGAGGUCCUCUGCAAGGUCAUCUUGUCCAUAGACCACUACAAUAUCUUCUCUAGCAUUUAUUUCCUGACAGUGAUGAGCAUAGACAGGUAUCUGGUGGUACUGGCUACAGUCAGGUCCAAGAGGAUGCCCCAUCGUACGUACCGAGCAGCCAGGAUUGUCAGCCUGUGCAUCUGGAUCCUGGUCACCAUCAUAGUUCUCCCUUUCAUCAUCUUUGCCAACGUCUACACCGAUGACCUGGAGAUAAAGAGUUGUGGUCUCAAUUUCCCCAAGCCUGAAAGGUUUUGGUUCAAAGCCAGCAGGAUCUAUACCCUCAUCCUUGGCUUUGCCAUUCCAGUAUCCACCAUCUGCAUCCUCUACACCAUGAUGCUCUACAAGCUAAGGAACAUGCACUUGAACUCUAACGCUAGAGCCCUGGACAAAGCCAAGAAGAAAGUCACUAUUAUGGUCUUCAUAGUCCUGGCUGUGUUCCUCUUCUGUUGGACACCCUUCCACUUGGCCACCAUUGUGGCUUUGACCACCGACUUGCCCCAGACCUCCGUGGUCAUUGGUAUAUCCUACUUUAUCACCAGCCUGAGCUAUGCUAACUCAUGCUUGAACCCCUUCCUGUACGCUUUCCUGGACGACAGUUUUCGGAAAAGUUUCCGGAAGCUGCUGGAAUGCAGAACUUCUUGAACAGUGGCUUGGGGAUCACAGAUCCUUGCCCUCCCUGGGCUUUGCAGGGGCAGCUUCACAGACUGAAGGGGUGGCCAACGAAUGCACAAUGUCCGUUCUGGCGUUUACAAGUGUUGUGUCUGUCUGUUUAUAAUGCUCAUCAUCCACAGUUUGUCCUGCUCUCUUGCAGUUCUUAUUUCCCCUCUUUGCUCCUCCCAGCUCCUCAGAGUUGCAUUUCUGUAUUCUUAUUUUUAAUUACACACCCUGAGUUGUUAAGGACAGAAAACUUCCUUUUCUACCACACAGUGGUCCUUUAUUGCCAUCUGCUGUACAGCACCGACAGGCUGGAGAGCAGUUUUCAGAAUAAUGCAAUGCUCAGUUCUUUAUUUCCAUGUUAUUAGGAUUGUUUCAUGGGGCAGAGCUAAUGAGCACUUUCAAUGAAAUAUCAAUAAAAUGGGUGGAGGAUGAGUAUUUGGAAGAAAAAAAAAAGAAACCAUUU